GAAUCUACGAGGUUAGGUCUCCGCCGACCUGUCUUUCUUUCUCUCUCUAUCUCUUACUUUUCGCCCAAGCAACCAUCAAUAAAGAGGACAUGACAUUAAUUAGGUAUUUUCAAUUUUGGAUUCAGCUCCAUUAGUCUUCGUCUUCUAGCGUCGUCGUCUCGGCUCCACGACAACUCUCUCUCACACAAUCAAGUGGUUCUCGGGACGGCGACGAGGAAGACGAUCCAAAAUCUGUUACGAGAGGCAUGAAAAUUGUGGUUUACCGUUGAGUAGAGCUAUCAUCCCUGACGCUUUUUUGCACCUACUACGCAUCGACUGGAAUACGUGAGUCAUCUCUACUACCGUGGACUAUAAGUAUUUUAGCUCCUUAGGAGUUUGUAGCCAAAAGCAGAAAGAAGCAAAAGGAAGAAGAAUUUGUCGAAUUUGCCACAAUGGCAGGGAGAAGAGAUGCCUGUACAGAAAUGGCCACUCGUUGCAGAAACUGGGCUUUGCAAUAUCUCCUCCAUGGCUUAGUUUUCUGGGGAUUUUUGAUAGAAGAUACUUUAGUAGUUUUUUGAUUUGAGGAUUGUAAAUAGAUAUUGACCUUAUAGAUAAUGGAAUCAAAGUGGGGUAGGGUGUUGGAUAGUAGCCAUAGAAUUGUUGUUGAUUCAAAGAGAAAACGGGCGGCUCGAUACCUGGCACAUGUAAUUGGAGCUGGCAACAAGGUGGUGUCUGUGCAGUCUGCUCCUAACUUGUUGAAGGACAAGAUCGGCAAGAGGAAGAGAUCGGAUGUGUGCGGAACAAAUUGUGGGUCUCAUUGGAGAAAAUCUUCACUUAGGAACUACUCAAAUUUUAUGAGAAGUGGACUGCCUCAACGUUUUCUGUUUUAUCAGAAUGGUGAAUGGUGUGAUUUCCCUCAAGACAUAGUUGAGUUGGUUAGAGAGGAUUUUCGGGUGAAAAAGGCAGCAAUUGAGGUGCAGAGCAGGGGUUAUCAUUUAAUGCUGGAUAUUUUGUAUAUGAUACAACUGGAUCUGAAAACGGGUGUACAGAAAUCUAUUGCUUGGAUUGACGAAGCUGGUAGUUGCUUCUUUCCGGAAGUACACUCCACUAAUAGUGAAAUGCAUGAAUGCUACCAAUCUGGAUUAAAGAAAGAUGAAGCAUAUGUGGCUUCAGAGCCAAAUGAGACUCAAGAAAUCAAGUUGCAUGUUGAUAUUGAAAUUGGAGUGAAUGGCUGUAAAUUGGAGGAAGGCGUGGAAGAAUCAAGUACUCCUCUUAAGAGGAUUAAAAUUGACCAGAACCCUGUUAGAAAUCACUAUGAACUGGCUGUUAGUGACAAACUCAACCAACAAUGUGAUGCAAAAAUGGGGGAGGCUGCGGAGGAAUUUCAACUGAUAGGUGAAAAUAUAUCACCUGAGUUAGAAGCUAUGGGUAAAGCUCUGGAUUCUGACACCAUCAAAAAUAUGUUUCUUAUAGGCAUGAGUCCAUCACUUAAAGUGGAUAUACUUGAAGUUAAUAGAUGCUCUAGUAAUUUAAUUCAGACCCGCUUGGAACUGUUCAAGAAGCAGGUUGAGAUUACCCAAAGGUGUCGUGGGAAUCCAAAUGUUCAGAAUGCUUGGCUCGCAUCUUCUAAGGGUGCUCUAUCUAGCAUUUUGAUCUAUGGUCUUGGGCACGGUGGACCUAAACUAAAGAUGACAUAUGGCAUUGGAGUUCACCUCACAGCUGUUAAUUGUGCCUAUAAGAGCGCAAGUUAUUGUGAUGUUGAUGAAAAGGGGGUACGACACAUGCUGUUUUGCCGCGUCAUAUUGGGGAAACUGGAACAACUUCAUCCUGAGUCUGGACAAUUUCAUCCAAGUAGCGAAAAAUAUGAUAGUGGAGUUGAUGAUCCGCAAAAUCCAAGUCAUUACAUUGUUUGGAAUAUGAAUAUGAGCACACACAUAUAUCCUGAAUACGUUGUCAGUUUCAAGAUGUCUCCCACUUCUGAAGGGGCUCCGGUUGUGGAAGAAAGCAGGUUUGACUUGUCUGGAGUUACUAGUCAGGGACCUCAGGGCAAGUUGCAGCUGGAUUCUUCGUCAGUCAAAUCGGUGGGAAAAACCUACCAGUUCGUGAACAAAUCUCAAGUAGACGCCCAUAGCGUUGGUUCAAGCAGUUCGAAGGCUCCUAAAUCCCCUUGGAUGCCUUUUCCUAUGCUUUUUCAAGCUAUUUCGAAUGAAGUUUCUUCUAAAGAUAUGAAAUUGGUGCAUCUUCAAUAUGACUUGUUCAGGAGCAAGAAACUCAGCCGGGAUGAUUUUAUUAAAAAGUUGAGAUUGAUUGUUGGGGAUCAGUUGUUGAAGUCUACAAUUACAAGCCUCCGCAAGCUACCAUCCAAUUCUGCAUGCCAAUUGGAAGUGCCGAAGAAGUAG